ACAUCAUUAUCUUCGUUGAUGUUCUGCUGAGUGUGAAGGACGUUCCUACGUGAGCUGCACACGCCGUUGUCUUCAUAUCCCCCUCUCACCUUUCCACCUUAAAGCCACAGUCUUCAUCUCUAGCAUCGCUCGAGCGCACAAGUUCAUCUCUCUGGCGAACAUCUUCGGGUUCAACUCCGAGCUCUUACAUCCCCUUGCCAUGUCAACACGAAGACACACCGUGCCGACGACAUCCAGACCGAAAACACCAGAGCCGGACGGCUUCGAAGAGCUGGACUUAUCCUCCGAGACGGAAUGGGAUGAGGCAAACGUCAAAGCUGAAGAGAUUAUUCCAGCAGACCCCGUAACCCCAUGGACCAACGCCCUGCAGCACUCCCGCGCUGCCGCCGGUAACAUCUUGAACGCAAGCACAAAGUUCACUCGCGACAUAUACCGCUCAGGCAUGGGUAGCGCCGCCGUCGCCGUUGCCGCAGCUGCCUACGCAACAGCCACAAAACAGCGCCCGCCCAGACGCAUCCGCAGACCACGCAGUGUCGCCGAGAAAGCUGAAGAUGCUGUUUCAAGCUCAUCUCUGGCCCGCUUACAUUCCGAAAGUUCGGGUCUGACGCGUGGACAAAUGCUUGAGCGUGUCCCUAUUGCUGUCAUGGGCGCGGACAUCGACGGGCCAGAUUGGAACACUAUGCAGACACGUCCGCCGCCACGUCAGACAGGAGCGGGUAAUCGCAUAAUCGUUGGGCCUGCACAACGCAAGCCUGGUGCAUUAGCGGAUGGCCCUGUAAUGUUGCAAAGCCCAGCAACAACCCCACCAUUUUCGUAUUCGAGCUCGCCGUACAGUACAAAUGGACAAGAAAGAGCUGUAGACGAGCAGUUCGAGUCGACAUCAUUUCCCUUUGCUUUUGAGGACGACGAGGCUGACGCGGACGACGAGGACCGUGCGUCUGAGGAAGAUGAAUUCGUGGUGAAUAAGGAGGUAUAUGACGAUGCAUAUGCACAGUAUCAUGGCCGAAGAUAUAGAUGAGCGGAGUCAACUGAAGCGUGUUGUGUUCGAUUUCUUAAAGUCAGCUCCGAUCGCUAUAACAAGACAAAGUAGCAGCGUAUUGUCCAUGCCUCCGUCUAUUCGUUCAUGGUAAGAAACUUCUGAAAUGACGGAUAGGACAGAACAUGGCCUGUUAGACUGCUGAAGUUGUUAUCAUUGUUAAACCAGGCACCUGGUCAGGACAUCUGGUGUUGAAA